CUGGAACGGGGCUGCGAAAGGACAUGGCGGCGACCAAGGACAUGUACUACGUGCCCGACAGCCUUCGGCGGGAAUUCUCGGUCCAUGAGAUGGCAGAGUUCCUCGAGCAGGUACAGAGUAUCGUCAUCAUGCAAAGGAAUGCGUCAUCGUCGUCUCGGAAUAUGGCAUGCAGUUCAAAGAAUUCGACACGAGCGGAGAUGGCGGUGUUGGUACUCUCAAUCAUGCGAUGCAUACUAUCACGACGACUGAUACGGCGGGUAGAUGCAAACGAGUUGUCCACUUUGAUGGAGUCGAUGAAUAUCCACAUGGAGAAGGCAGAGUUGCUGAGUCUCAUCGCGAUCGUGGACGAGAACGGGUCAGGACAGAUCGAGUUCAACGAGUUCGUCCUGAUGAUGAGCAACUUACGCCGUGGCAAGUCAAACAAGUUGAGCAAGUUCGUCCAAAUGUCCAAGCAGGCGUUUCAGAUUCGUCAAGAAUUCCACGCCCUGGAUGACAAUCCCGUGAAGGGAUGCCGUGUCGUGCCGUUCAAGCAGGACAUGCGACAGUGGACCGUGUUCCUUCAAGGUCCCGCAGACACUCCCUACGACGGCGGCGUCUUUCGAUUCCACUUCCAGUUUGGCCACGAUUACCCAUACGAACCACCCAUAGUGUCGUUGCAAACACGCAUCUACCACGUUAACUUUAUCAUGCUACUCGACGGCACGGCUCCCACGGAAUGGCUUGCUUCGAUGUGGACUCCAGGUACUACCGCCCUGAAACCCUUCAUUCACCGACAUACGAUAUCGUUGUAGACUGGCGAAGCCGUACCCUCCUGGAGCGCCUCGUGCUCCUCUUCCGCGACCCCAAGCCUGAGCUCAUGAUUCCCAUCUAUAACGCACGGGACGCCCCUCCGACAGUCGGCACGACCGCGCGGUCUUUCGGCAUCGACUGCUUCAAUCAGUUUGUGGAACACCCCGACGAGUUCGUCCGGAUAGCUACCGAAAUCACAAAACAAUACGCCACCCCUCCUCCCUCGGUUUAAUGGCCAAACAGUGUUUCAAAUUUUC